AUGGGAUCUAUGGGACUACCUGUGGACAACAGGAGGAACCUGUGGACAGUCCCUCAGCAGAAGAAUCCAGCUCUUUCAGAGUUCAAGAAGUAUGUACAUCAGUCACAAUCCUUAUCUGUUGGAGAGCAGGAGUUUGUCCUGAGGAGGAAACAAGUAGUUCAGAAAUCACUCAAUAAACUGGGAAUCACAUGUACACUGGAUAUGGUUCCUCACAUUGCACUGUUGGGGUCGGGCGGAGGUCAGAGAGCAGCUGUGGGUCUGAUGGGAUCCCUCUUUCAGAUGGAAAAACACGGUUUGCUGGACACUGUGCUCUACCUGGGAGGAGUUUCUGGGUCUGCCUGGUCCAUGGCCACCUUAUACAGUGACCACCAGUGGAGCACCAACAUGGACAAUGCUGUGUCCAGGCUGUCGAAGCCUGGGAUUGGGCUUACAGAUGUUCUGAUCUUUUUGGCCAAGAGGGCAAAAGAUGGUCGCUUCUCUCUCACUGACAUCUGGGGGGUCUUAACCUCUGGUUUCAUCAUGAAACAGUUGGAUGUCCGAAGUCUUUCUGAGGAUGGCACAAGCAUCACCAAUCCUUAUCCCAUUUACAGCACAGUGAACAAAAACUGCUUGCAACAUGAUUCUGAAAAAGGCAAAUGGUUUGAGAUGACUCCUCAUCAGGCUGGCUUCAUAGAUCUGGGUCUCUUCAUUAACACUCCAAACCUGGGCAGCAGAAUCCAUGGAGCUGGCUCUGACGUUAAAGGGCCAGAACUAGACAUGGUCACGCUGCAAGGCUUAGUGGGGAGUGCUUUAGCAGACGAUGACAGUGUGGUGACCUAUAUUCUUGACUGGUUAAAAGUUCUAGUGGGGAAGGAAGCUACUGAUGAAAACAACCCGUUGGAGUUUCUCUGGACUAAAGAGGGCAUCAAACUAAACUACACUGCAUCAUCUGAGAUGAAGAUCUUAGAACUGCAUAAUGUGAUCUUUAAGGACUGGUGUCGGAAAACUUUGGCCUCCUUACAGUCGUGGAGUCAGAAUAUGGAUGAAGGACCAGCCAGAUAUUACGUUUCUUGGUUUAUACAAACACUCAUCGCACAGAUUAAAAAACUGGAAUGGGGCAAAACUGAGAACUUCCUCUACCAAUACCCAGAUGCCAGCGUGCCAUCAUGCAUUAGAAUUAAAGAGUUUCUGCAGCUCAUAGAUGCUGGUGUGAUGAUAAACAUGCCCUACCCCCCCUUCCUGGGAGAAAAGAGAGACACUGACCUCCUUAUUGCUCUGGAAUACGGAGCUGACGAAACCUUCAGGACUCUGAUUCUCGCCAGAGACUAUGCAGCCAAACUGAAGAAACCUUUCCCAAAGUUAGAGGAGAAAUUCCUGAAAGAGAAAGACUGGCCAAGGCCCUGCUAUGUUUUCAAGGGGAAAAAGAAGGAGCCCACCAUCCUUUACAUGCCACUCUUCAACAGGCAGAACUGCAAAGAUGAGAACGAGUUCAAAGCAAAGAUGAAGGAGUUCUCCACCUUCCAGCUUCCAUUCAGCCAGCAGAAAAUCGAGUUUUUGUUGGAGACGGUGAAAGCGAACAUGAAGUACAGCAAGGACACUCUCCUCAGGGAAAUAGCCAAGGCUGUCAUCCGCCGACACAUCAAGGCUUCAGACGGCGUCCCGCUAUGGUCACUGGCUUCAGAUGUUCAACACUUUACUAGAGUUCUGAAAAGGAGGGACAAAGGUGACAAACAGGAAGCAGCUCAAGCCUAAACCUGAUCCUACGACGGUUUUGAAGUGCUUCAUAUGUGUCUUUUUGUUUUAGCAAUCACGACCACCAAGCAGGGGGAUUGAAAGGGUUCAAGAAUCCAACAAUUCAGGGUUUAAAUAGUAAAUGUUUUGUGGCUCGAUGUAGCAACUUCACAUGUCCACAGAGGAAUGAAAUGCAAUGACACUAUUGCAUUAUUAUG